AUCCGUGAGUGUUGUAAUGGUGUUUCAUAAAAAAAUGUGAAAUAAAAAACACUGGUAUCAUUUACGUAAAUAAUAAAAUGUUUAAAAAAUAUAUUAUUAAUGUGUAUUGUGUAUAUAGUUCGUCUUUCAAAAUAACAGGCGUUCACUUAAAGAUAAGUCCAGAUAAGACAGCAUUAAUGACUAAGAGAUAAAUCUUAUCAGGGUCUUUGUGAGAGGUGAAAAAUGACGGAAAUAAGCAAGCAUCUUUUCACAAGCUGCUGCAAGGAUCUCCACUGUAGUGUUCUCAUGCAUCCUUGGGACAGAAGUUGCUUCACGUCAUCUGUAUCAACUUAUAAAAAUUCAUUGUAUGGAAGCGCCAAAUUUUAUUUAAUCGUUCAUUUGCUACAAAAUAUAAUAAAAGGGAAGAAAGUUCUAAGUAAAAAAGAGUUAAUGAAGGCGGCCGAAUAUUACGUACGAUCUACUCUACUUGGUAUGAUUAUAAGCGGGUCCAGCAUAACAUUGAGUUGCUUUUUCAGAUGGAUGCUAGGAAGAAAAUUUACGUAUUACACCUAUCUAUUUGUACCGUCCACUUUAAAUGGCAUCACAAUACUUCUGGAGCCACCAAAAAGGAGGGGUCUAGUUACUAAUCUAUUUUUUAAUUUGUUUAUAGAAUAUUGGAUGCGAGUCUUAGAGAGGGCAGGUUAUAUUUCCAUAACUAAAACAAAACAGGUAUUUUUGUUUAUGGUCGGUAGCGCUCUACUCUUUUAUCUUAUGCGGCUAGAGGGAGACAAAGAAAAACGAACCCCAAUAUUAUGGUUGUUUACCCCAGAAAAGGUGAGGAAAUUAAAUGAAGUAGAAAAUGUUUGCCCGCAUUCAGGAUCCUGCUUUCAAUAUAUUGCCAAAGGUUACCUACAAAAUUUUGGUCUUGGCUUAGCAUUUGCGUUGGCGAAAUUGUUGUUACCCAAAAUAGGGACGCCCAUGAGAGCCUUAUCCAGCUUACGAUGGAGGCACCUUGAUAUAGCUCUUUUUUUCGGUAGCUAUAUCGGUAUUUACAGAGCGAUCGUGUGUUACUUGUGUAAAAAGCAAGGUUUCGACUCCGCGUUGUAUGCGUUACCUGCUGGUUAUAUCGCCGGCUUAUCAUUCAUAUUUAAACCAAAUUUAGGUUUUGCUAUUGCGUCUUUGACAGGCGCUUUCAAGAUUUUCUCAACGAUUCUUUACGAUAAGAAAAUGAUACCAGAGAAAAUACCGUUUACAGUAAUCAUUUACUGUAUUUCUCAAGGGGUACUCUACCAUGCUAGAUGUAUGGACCCCGAAGUCUGCCCGAAAUAUGUAAUUAAUGUGAUGAACAGCGUCAGUAAUGGACUGUCCAAUUUAAUACACAAAAAUUUAUUAACUGUGGUUUCAAAAGAUUAUAAGUGAAGGAUUUAAAAUAGGACAUAAUUUAAAAUAUUUGCUGGAAAAUAAGUAAGAUCAUACACAGAUUUGUAAGCAACGAGAAUAUUUGAACACGCAAGAGAAUAGGAUGGGGAAAUUAAAGGUAUCAAGGUUUAAAUAAUAAUAAGUUAACUACUAUAAGUUACUUUUAAAUUAUAUUAGAGUACUUCUUAACGACUUAUAUGUCCAUUGUGAUGAAUUUAAACACAGGCACAAUAAUUUUAUUGAAUUAAACAAGCUCGUAUGAAUGUAAAUCUGUUUUUUGUAAUAGUAUAACAAAGUGAGAAUGUUUUUUUUUUAUAUUUCACAUAUUUUACUUUAUUAUAUGUAACAAAUAGUAAUAAAUAUGGCGGAAUAUAUAUUUAUUUUGUACAAUUUAGUUCACACAAUGUUAUAUUUCUGGACAAUGGAUGUAUGAAUUAAAUUAAUGACAAUAAAACAACUGAGAUUAACUGUUUUUCAUAUUUUAAAUAACCGGUGCCGCGGACGAAGGUAUAGUUUGAAUCUUACUCCUCUUAGAAGUUGCAUUCCAUGGGUUAAUGAUGAGAAUUUUCUUGAUGUUAUCUUUAGUUUUAUGCACUCCUGUCAAAGGUCCGACUCCAAACCGACAAAUCGCAUCGCACUGUAAGAUUAUUUUACAAGCAAUCAUUCUUAAAGUAUCCACUCGUGAUUAAACGAUGAUAUAUUCUUCGGGAUGAUCUUUACUUUGAUAUAUUUAUAUGUACCUACCUGUUCUUGACUAUAAAAGUUAUUUUUGUUGCCCCCACAUCCGGAAUAUAUUCUCUCUUUGCAUACUUUCCACAUCGGAUCAUAAUACCAACGCUUCAAAGCGCCGAAACAAAAUCCAUAGUCAAAGUUUAAUGUACACCAUUUCGGUCUUGUUUCUAAGAGCAAUAAAUUACUGUUAUAGUAAGAAUUUUAAUUAUUUAUCGAAAUUA